CUCCGGUGAGACCGAUAGAAACAGAUUGUAGCGCUCCCAGAGUCGGCUGCGAUGUUAACUGUCCGCACACAACAAGUUUGGUUCUGUUUGUAAUGUUACGGAUAUAUUAUGAGUCGCCGAGGAAACUACUUUCUAAUGUGAGGAACAAGCGACACACCACUUCUGCUGUCCAAACAUGUCCCAGGGAUGUAUGAUUUCUGUGGAAGAGAUCCAGUCUUGGUGGGAAGUCCCCGCCAUAGCCCACUUCUGCUCGCUGUUCAGGACAGCGUUCAACCUUCCAGACUUUGAAAUAGAGGAAUUGGAAAAAGCUCUGUCGGAGCAGGACUUGGACUUCCUCGGGGACCUCAUUGCCUGUCUGUUGCAGGGAUGCUACCAGCGCAAUGACAUCACCCCCGAGGCAUUUAGCCGUUACCUGGAAGAUAUCAUCAGCUACCGGUGGGAGCUGGAGGAGGGAAAGCCCAACCCUCUCAGAGAGGGACCUUUCGAGAAUCUCCCUCCUCGUACUCAGGUUGAACUGCUGCACCGACUCUGUGAUUAUCGUCUGGAUGCUGCUGAUGUCUUUGACCUGCUUAAGGGACUGGAUGCAGACAGCCUGCGGGUGGAACCGUUGGGGCAAGAUGGAAAUGGAGCCCUCUACUGGUACUUUUAUGGCACUCGUAUGUACAAAGAGGAGCCAGUGAGGAAGAGGAAAGCUUCUAAGAUCAGUGAGUGCUCUGAACUAUCACUACCAGAGAAAAAGAAAAGGGGAAGACCACCAAAGAAGAGAACAUUAGAUGAACCUCAUCUUAGCGACGUGGAAAAGGAUGUGUCAGAGGACAAGUCAGAAAAUGCACUGGAGGAGUCUCCCCCAUGCAAAGCAGGUCACAAGCGAGGCACUUGGUCCCUUGUGUGUGACACAGAGGAAGAGUGGGUCAGGCUGGCUGAAAGCAUCAAGGACAACACCUCCCCACAGGACCGCCAUCUCCACCGGGUCAUCACCCAGAACUUCCUGCCUGAGAUCAGGAGCAUGAUAGAGCACAAGGAGCGAGAGCAUAAACAGAAACUUCUGGACCCGCCCCCGCUGCCCACAUCACAACGCUUCUCUGAAAAAAACAUUCAGCAAGAAGACGAGGAUGGUCUGAAGGCUGUGACAGAGGAGGAGAGAAAGAAGGAUGAAGAGCUGGACAGGCAGGUCCUGUUGGCUGAACAGCGACAAGAAGAGGAGAGACGUCUGCAGGAGGAACGGCAGAGGGAGAAGAUGGAAAAGAUCAAAGCUGUGGAAGAACGAGCAAAGAGACGGAAGAUGCGAGAGGAAAAGGCCUGGCUGCUGUCUCAAGGAAAAGAGCUGCCACCUGAGCUACUGAAUCUAGAACCUUCCUCGCCUGUACACAGAACACGCCGGAAUAAAGAUUUCUAUGAAAUUGAUGACGACUACACUGCUCUAUACAAAGUGCUUGAGGUCCUGAAAUCCCAUAAAGAUGCUUGGCCUUUCUUGGAGCCUGUGGAUGACUCCUAUGCCCCCAAUUACCAUGAGCUCAUCCAGACUCCCAUGGACCUGUCCACCAUUGAAAAGAAGCUCAAUGAAGGAGACUACAUUGCCAAGGAGGAGUUUGUUGCUGACGUGAAGCUCAUGUUUGAAAACUGUGUUGAGUACAACGGGGAAGACAGUGAAUACACUAUCAUGGCAGAGUCCCUAGAGCGGUGUUUCAGUCGGGCCCUGUUGAAACACUUUCCAUCCGAGGAUGGCGACACAGAUGAGGAAUUCAACAUCAGACAAGAAGACAGGGAGCGCAAGGAUAAAAAGCGCAACCGUGGAAAUAAAAGUCUGGGACCUGAAAGUCUAAUCAAGGCCACUGAGCAAGUCCAACGCAAGCGAAACUCCCAAGGGGGCAAGGGCAUCUCGCCCUCAGAGGAAGAGGACAACAAGCUGACACGGCCACUGCUUCCUCCACACUGGACCAAUGGCCCCCCUCACCCUCACAGUCUGCCGCCAAGCCAACAACGUAUCCACGAAGGAGACAUGAGAGGCAUGUACCACCCAGGCCAACAGCUCCGUCAUCCUGGCCCACAUAUGUAUGCCCAAAGAAUGGCUAUGGAUCCUCGCUUUGCUUACCCAGCUCACAUUUCCAGGCAUGGAGACCCCAACUUGAACCACUUUCCCCGUAACUUUAACAUGCAGCAUCGCAUGGUUGAAGGACAUCAUAUGGGUCCGAGGUAUCCAAUGGGCCCAGAUCCAAACCAGCAGCCACCUCCACACCAGCAGCAGCACCCUUACAUGGGUCCAACUCACGGUCCAUCUCUGGGCCCACGUCCCAUGGCCCUACAGCCUGGACCUCCUCCUGAAGCAAGCAUGUACCCAUCCCACCACCAUGCAGAGGGCCACACCAUGCACCAAAUGGGCAACAGGUUCCCAGGACCAGAUAGACCAACUCAGCACAACUACCCUGGCUUGAGGCCGCCUGGCAUGAAUCUUUCCAACAUGUGGACUAGUAUGAAUCAACAAGAGAGACCAAAUGGGAUACACAUGCAAGAUCCCAACAGAGUCAACCAGCACAACUUCACUUAUGGAGGGGUUCCACCUCCAGCAGGGCAUAAACCAUGGCCAGAAGCUGCAGGAUACCCACACCCACAUCCCAAUGCCCACUAUCAAAUGUCUUCAGGGGUCAGCUCCCAGGGGUCCAUGUCCUCACGCCCCGCUCCCCACCAAGACUCCAUUAACAGGACACGCUUGGCUUCAAUGCUGGAAAGCCCUGAGAUGCUUGCCCUGCAGCAGCUGUCAGCUUCUUCUCGACCCCCUGCCGGUGCCCCUCAUCAGCACAUGGGCAACUUUCAGCAGUCUGGGCCCCCAUCAGGAAUUGGCAGCAUCCCAGCUCACCCUUCUCAACAGCCUCCCCCUGCCCCUGAGGUUCAGCUGCUGCGUCCUGCUACAGACAAUGGGCCAGACAGCCAGGCCUGCCAACAGACAGACAUGCAGCCCAAAGGCACAUCAGAGAACAAAAUGUUGCCCAACAACAUUUCUGAAGGAGCUCAAUCACAAGAGAACACUUUGUCAAUUAAUCAAGAGCACCCACCCAAUCCUAGUCCCACAGGACACCACACUGGGGCAGCAGAGGGAAUGCAGAGCCCCCCGACCCCCAAGUCAGGCAAAUCACAAGAAAAUUCUUCUGGACCAGAGCUCUCACAGAGUUCAACAGCGAGCCACAAGCCGGAUGUAGAUGACCACAGACAGUCUGCCAGCCACUGUCCUCCUCAACUCAAUAGUGCCCCUACUGUUUCACCGCAUACUGACACAAGUCACGACAGUUCCACAGAUUUUUCUCCACCAAAUCCUUCUCAGCGUACAGAACACAUACAAAACGCUCCAGGCCCUGCACUUCUUCCCCGGAAUGCCCUUCCAUUGCAUGUACCAGGAUCUCAGAAUUCUACUCAGCAGGACAACUUGCCACACAUGCUGAAUGCACCACAGCAGCAAAGCGAGCACCAGCAGAACAUUCAAAAACAGCAGCAGCAAUCUCAGGCAACCCAGAGAGUCCCCUCUCAAUGCCCCCCCUCUAGCUCUCCACAGCUGAUGAGCCAAGAUGCACAACAACACAAUUCUCCACAUCAUGUCCAGCAAAGCAUCUCCCUCCAACAUCCCACACAGAACAGCCCCAUGCACGGGAUGCCUCAGAGUUCCACACAAGGAGCCCAGCCUGGACCACCUCAGCCAGCUCCUCUCACGUCUUUACCACCCAGUCAUCCUGCUCCACUGUUCCCCUCACAGCCUAGUCCUGCAGACCACGGUAAUCAAAGACCCAGUGAGCCUACAAGUAGAGCAGACACAGAGGGUACCACUACUGCUCCACAGCACACCGUAAUGAAAUCUGGGCCUCCAAGUGGUAUUUAUAAACAUCAGGGUUUCAGCCCCAGUCACCACCAAGCCCAACUGGUAGGUAGUAACACAGGUUUGCAGACUCCGAGAGGGUCUUCACCUGGUCACAACCCAGCUAUGCCUCCCCACUCCCAAGACCAUGUAAAUGGAACCAUGGGUCCUUACAGCAUGGGGAACCCUCAGCAUCCACACUACAACCAGACAAACAUGACGAGAUCCAUGCCUCCAUCUGUGCACCACUCUUAUCACAACCAGACCAUGAACCCCCUUCCUGCUCACCACCCCUCCUACCACCAGCAGGGAGGGACUGCUUACCCCUACCACAUGCCUGGUCAACAGCACCCUCAGGCUCAUCCCAACAUGUACCCACCUCAUCAGUACCAGCAGCAACACUACUACCCCCAGCACCAUCCGCAAGCUCAGACCCAUGGCCAGGCUAAUAAUAGACGGGGUUAUCCCCCAGAGGAGUGGCAUCGGUCACCUUAUCAACCACACCAUCAAAUGGCAUCUAAUGCCUACCUACCUGUGGGCAGUGCCAGAGGCAACAGUCAGUCAAAGGAGAGCAGUGUGUCACCUAUGGGCUCUGAGGGUUCCAGUGGGGCUGCCUUGCUGUCUCCUGGCCCUAUGGCCGAAGCAGGGCCAAACUCUGGUGGCUCAGAGGAGGGAAAGGUGGAAAGCAGGUCACAGGCGAGCAGAGGCAGCAGCAGUGGUGGCAGUCCAGUUCAUAAUGAGAGCUCAGACCAUCCCGAAAGCCCAAAAGAAAUCCUGGACCUGGACAGCCAUAAUGCUGCUGCCCGCCACCGUGGCCCUCAGCCGCCUCAACAGCUACACCCGCCCGCCUCAGCUUCACAUAUGUCGCCUGGCUUUAUGUACAACUCGCGUGCCUUGCACCCUGGGGUGCAGCAAGGGGGUGCCCCUCUACCACAUGUGAUGUCACAUGCCCGAGGAGUUGGAAAUGGAAGCCCGUACCCUUGCCAGCCAUACCCAGAUCCAGGACGCUAUGCUGGCCAGAGACCUCACCCACACCUAAUGGAGGCUCUGCAGCGGCCUCAGCAGCUGCCGUACAGCCCAGGUCAGACACGCAUGGCAAUGUACCAGAAUCCACACCCUGCAGGGCACUACCAAGGCAUGAUGAUUCAGCAGAGAUUCCGGGCACCAGAACACUUCCUACUCCCAGGGCAACAAAUGAUGGCUGCUCCUCGAGGCCCUAGCAGUAAACAGGGAGUGUGACAUACAUGUUACUAAUGAAGAGCAUCCAGACAAAGUCACGAGCAGAAAGGAAGAUGAAGUCGUGCAGGCGGGUUAGGCAGAGACUACAAUGAGGACUCUUUGCUCCACGGCCAACUUUACAUGAUAUUCUGGAGAAAAACAAGAACGUAAACUCCAUUUUGCCCACAUUUGGACUGGAAGAUCCAAGCAGGCAGCUGGAAUUACUUAUCUGUUGAUGAUGCUGUGAAAUGUUUUUGAGUCCUCUCCACGCAGAGCUCACUGAGGUCAGGAACAAAAAUGCUCUGUGGAACUGGAAUGAAUUCACCCCAGCACACAUUAGCAGAACGGCUGCAUUCUGUCAUGUGUGACUCCAUCAGAAGAGCAGUAUUUUUAACCACUAGUUCAACCUGCCUCACACAGGGGACACGUCCUUUUCCUCUUUGAGGAGUGAAAAUAUGGAUUUUUUUUUAAAGGCCAUUGCUCCUCUUGUUCACUGACUGUAGAGCUGUAAAUUUAUGACGAAGAGACAAGAUUUUUUGUUUUUACUACUAUUUUUCUGUUCCUUCUAUCUUAAAACUCAGGUGAAAAAAAAGAAGAAAAAAGGAGGUACUAUGAGACUCUCACUCUGUCCCGAUCACCUCACAGACUCCUUGCAAUUGCCUUGGUUUCCUUUGUGAAUGUAUGAAUAAAAGCGUAAGUGAAGCACAGUAGCUGCAUGUGAAAGAUUACAAACACUGAUUAUUAUUAGUGUUUCUCAACUCCUAAGUAAAUUCUGAUUAUAUGCAUCUUUCAGAGCUGCCUUCAUUGUUAGGAAUGUUUUUGACUUGCAGAGGAGGACAGACAAGGAUGUACUGCACUACGUGUUUUUUUUUCUGAGAUAUCUUGUAAUUGAGAGGCCUUCAGUAGUCUUAUUCCACUACAUGGUCCCAAGUGCGACUCGACUCGACUCGGCUCGGCUCGGUUAUUUUGCUUUUCCCUCAACGAUAGUACCUGGUACUUUUUUGAGUGAGCCGAGCCAAUACUAUGCGUGACAUCGUCGGACUGCUGGGGCAACUGAUCAGAGUGUCAUCACAGGAAGAAGAAUGAGCAAGAUGUCUGGCUCAAAAAUCAAGCCGAACAAUGCCCAACUGUAGAUCUGUUCAAAAGACCUAACAAUCCUGAAAACGUGCGCAAAGGAAAUGUCUAAAAUCUCAAUAUUUAA